AUGCUUUCGGCGUGCGUGCUGGCGACAGCGCUCAUCGGAGUUGUCCACGGUCAAUUUGAUGCUUUCGCUCUGCCCCAGGGCCAGCGCUACGCUGCCAAGCCAACCGUCCCUCCAGAGUUCUCCAAGUUCUUCGAACUCGACGGCCAUGCUCGCGAACUGGUUGAUUCUCUGCUAGGUCCUCGUCCUGGAGGUCUCUUCCCUGAGAAGACCUACGAGAUCGGAGCUCCUGAAGAGCCAGCUGCACCUAAUGGACAGCCUGUUCAUGUUGUGUCCAAGCUGGAGAAGACCCUCGAGCAGUUCUUCACGGCUCCUGAGACACCAGCUGGCGGUCAGGCUCUUCCUCCUGGCUUCAACAGUGGUUUUUCUUUGUUGAACAACAACAAAGCUCUGACUUCCUUCGGCGACGUCAGACGCGCUCCUGAAGUAAGUACCAAUUUUUCUUUAUUUUUCAAAUCUUUCUUAUGACAUUAGGAAAAAAAUUAUAGCCAAAUCCACCAGGAACAUCUAUUUGCAUUUUUAGUCAUUCAUAAAGAGACAUGCUUCAAAUCUUUUUUUAUUUUUUUUCCGAAUUUUUGUGGAUUAAAUUAUUCAUAUAAUAUAUACAUAUAGAUUCAAUGUCUCGAAAAGGUUCGAAAGGAAAAAAGAAAAAAAAUCUCGAAAACUAUUAUUUUUCAACCUUUUCUUUUUGCAGUUUUGAAAAGCUUCAAACUUUAUAAGUCUUGAAAAGAUUUUUUAUCACAAAAAACUAUGAAUUUUCAGAAUGAGUUCCAAAUUGAAGGAUCUGGAGAAGAAAAGAGCUCCAUUCAAGGCAUUCCUAAGGUAAUUGAAGCUUCGAAAUCUUUUUUUCAGUUUUUUCCUAUCUCAGGUCUUCCCGAAAUUGCCAAAAGCUCCAGUUUCCGAGCCGGAGCCAGCAGUUUUCAAGAGGCCCAUGUCUGUUCCAUCAGCUGACGUUCCUUCCAUUCCAACCAUCGCCAGCGCUCCAGAAGUCCCAGAAGGCGGUUUCUUGCCAGCCGAUAUUCGACGCUCCCCAGCCUCAGUUUCUGAAGUCGCUCAUUCCAUCGACAGCAAGGCUGAAGACUUCAACGGAGAAGAGGUUUGAAUUUGCGCCGAAAAAUGAGAAGAAAUCGAAGUCAUCGAUUCAGUACGGCGGCUUGUCGGACGACACGUCAAGCUCGUCUGGUGGCCUCAUCGGAACUAUUCUCAACCUUAUUACACUCGGUUCUAAGAAUGGCAGAAAGACGGCCAAUGGCGCUCCGACUAACGAGGUAAACAAAUGAAAACGAGAAAGUUCUUAUUUUGAAUGACAUUUAGGACAAAGAUGCUCUCGGAAAAGCUGUUUCUGGACUGUUGGGCGGGGAAAAUAGCCCUCUCCCAGCUAAAAAUAUGAUCUCUAACGUUCUUUACAAGGCUUUGACCAGUGGAAGCGUUCAGGUAGUUUUUUUCAAAAAAAGUGCGAAAAGAAAUUGUUUGAAAAAGUAUUGAAUUCGGACUUCGCUUGUAGUUUUUAAAAAAAUUAAAAAAAUCUAUUGAAAAAAAGGGACUCGGAAAAAUUUAAUAAUAGCUUUUUGUGUAUAAAUUCAUUUUUUUCCGACUUUUUUUGAAAUAAAGGGACAUGAAUUUUUCGGUCGAACCAAAGGUUGAGAUUGAAAAAAGAGAGAAACCACUGUUUCAUCACUAGAAAUAAUUUUUCAGAGUAAUGAGACCACUCUAGAAGAACGCAAAGGCAACGAAUCCGUCGUCCUGACUCCAGCUCAAUCGGCGGCCAUCAGCGAAAAUCUCGAGAUGAUUCAAAAUCUCAUCAUCCAGCCAUCUUCGCCGCUCUGCACUUCAAAACCCGAACCUGUCGAGUUCAACCUUGAGUCGUUCAUGGGCCAGUGGUAUCAGGUUUGUGACAUUUGCCCUUUUUCGAACGACGGCGAAGAAAAAAAAAGCCGCCGUGCCAACCGUCGAUGCCCCACCCACUCAACCUAAAUAUUUUCUUCUGAACGGCCCACACUUUUUUCCUUCCCCUCGAGAACGGCAGUUUGGCUUCCAGGUCGUCUACAGUCCGCCGCUCUCUACUGGACCAUGUAGCAUGGUCGCCUACAAGAAGCUUUCCGACGUUGGAAAUGGAGGUUCAUCUUUUUCAUUCGAAAACUUUUCAGCUUUCUGUAAUUAAGACUAUAUGAAAAAUUAUAAAAACAGGUAAAUAAAAAAGAGUUGCAAAAAGGAACUCAAACUUUUCAAUGUGAUUUUUGAGUAACCGUGCGGUCUUUAGAGACAUUAACACUACGGCAUUCAAAAUCGAGUGAGUUGAAAAAGUUUAAGAGAGGUUUAUCAAUUGACCCAGCAAACGUCUAUGAAAGAGUGUAAAGUUGAGUACUCAGGCAGAAAACUUUCUCUACGCUUUUCUCCAAAAACUAUCGUUUAAAAAAAAUUCGAUUAAUAUCGCGUUACUUUUCAAGAAAAAAACCAAAUGUUUUUGAAACUGAGACAAUAUUCCAAUUUUGAUCUGCAGGCGUCGGAUCGAUCUUCGAAGUGUUCCAGUACACGACCGACGGAACUCCCUACGGAAAGCCAGUCAUCAGCUCCGGAUACUCCAUCGUCAAGUCUCCUGGAGAGCUCAUCUACCGUACCACCAACAACCAGGAUGACGUCACUGGUAAGGAUCCUUCAUUUUGGGUUUUUCAAACGGAACUCAAAAAUAACUUGCAGUUCACGUUCUGCACGUUGGGCCUCUGAACGACAACAACCAGUACGAAUACGCGAUCAUGUCCACCAACUGCAACUUCCCGCUGUACGUCUUCGCUCGUGACGCCGUCACCUACAAGCAGGUAUGUAGUAUUCAGAAGUACCCUACGAGAAAGGUCAUAUUGGUGGAAAGUCCGAAUUUUUCAAGAAUUUCGCUCAAACUAUUUUCUGAAGGUCAACAUGAAGGUCUCUCAAAGUGGCUGGCUACGCGAACUUCAAGAUUUUUUCUCGAGUGCUGAAGUUUCAAAAUAGCUCAUGCUUUGCUAGCAUGUUCAGUUGAGAAAAAAAGAGAUUGAAGAAAUUUUUAUAAGGGAAUUCCACUUGAAGAAUCCCCAAUGGUAAAAAAUUUGAUAGAAAACUUACACGAGAAUGAAUUCCCAUGAUGAGAAAAUAAUCAGUAAUGAAUGAAUUUUCUGCAGAAGUACGAAACGGAAGUGACAGAGAUUCUCGAAACGAAAGGCCUUGUCAACGGAUUCUCCCGAAUCCUCAACAUCGUCGCCCCAGUGGACAAUUCGAUGUGCGUCUUCCCUCCUUCUCUCUUCAACAUCCAAGGCUGA